AUGCUGAAUAUGUGCAACAAUUCGACCUUGGAUAUGACUCCUUACCACUCAGUGGGGGACAUUAUAUCAUACACAGAAGACCUUGUCGGCUUGCUUUCUUCAUGCUUGCGUCAAUUUCCCAAUCUCAAAGCUCUCGAUUUCAGCGGCCCGCCAUUGAAGUCCUUGAUCCAUGAUAAAAUGAAAGCAUCGAUUGACCCGAUAAUCAUGGCUUUAUGCUAUGUGCCUCUUCCCAACUUGAGAGAGCUCGAAAUCCAGUCAACAAUGACAAAUGAUUUCGCGCCUUUUUUUGCCGAGAUAACCAGCAUAUUGCGGACCCGAUUGAACAGACCCUCAAUCGUCUUCAUCAUCUUGAACUGCGCGUCUAUUGCGCAAACAAACCAGCAAUCUUAUACUACCUACCUGUUGAGGACCGUGGAGCUUUCAACCAGCCUGACUUCCCUCUCGCUCAGCAGCACUGAUUAUCUAAGUAUUGAUCACCUGAACCUCGGCUCAACGGUUCGCCUGCGGAUUUUGUUUCUGCACAAAGUGAAAUUUUCAUCUCGAAAUCUCGUCAAGAUUAUUGAGCAAUGCAGCGAGUCGAUGCAGCAUAUCGAGUCAAGGCACGUGAAGCUCGAGGCUGGAACACGGAGUGAAGUUUUGUUCGCAUGCAUAGUUUACCGCACUUAUGUGACGUUGUAA